AUGCUUUCAAGAAUUGCUAGCAAAUCAACCGUUUUGUCAAAAUCUGCCACCACUUUGGCUUCUCAAUCAAGACAACUUUCAUUUGGUGCGUAAAUUUUCGAAUAAAUUAAUUUCCCCAUUACCUAAAAAAAUCAAUAAAAUUAUUUUCAGAUCUUAACGAAACUCAAAGAGAGAUCCAAGCCACCGCUUUGAAAUUCUCGAAAGACGUACUCGUUCCAAAUGCAGCUAAAUAUGAUGAAUCUGGAGAAUUCCCAUGGGAUAUUGUCAAACAAGCACACAGUUUGGGACUCAUGAACCCACAAAUCCCAGAGAAAUAUGGUGGCCCAGGAAUGACAACCUUGGAAACUGCCUUGAUUGUUGAGGCAUUGUCAUAUGGUUGCACUGGACUCCAACUCGGUAUUAUGGGACCAUCUCUUGCGAUUGCUCCAGUUUACAUUGCUGGAAAUGAAGAUCAGAAAAAGAAGUACCUUGGAAUGCUCGCUGAAGAGCCAAUUAUUGCUUCUUAUUGUGUUACUGAACCAGGAGCAGGAUCUGAUGUAAAUGGAGUUAAGACAAGAUGCGAGAAAAAGGGUGACGAAUAUGUUAUUAACGGUUCAAAAGCUUGGAUUACUGGAGGAGGUCAUGCUAAAUGGUUCUUUGUUCUUGCCAGAUCUGAUCCAAACCCAAAAACACCAGCUGGAAAAGCAUUCACCGCUUUCAUUGUUGAUGGAGAUACUCCAGGAAUUACUCGUGGAAAGAAGGAAAAGAAUAUGGGACAAAGAUGUUCGGACACUCGAGUUAUCACUUUCGAAGAUGUUCGAGUUCCAGCAUCAAAUGUUUUGGGAGCUCCAGGAGCCGGAUUCAAGGUUGCUAUGAGUGCAUUUGAUAUGACUAGACCAGGAGUGGCUGCUGGAGCACUUGGUUUGUCGUGGAGAUGUUUGGAUGAAUCUGCUAAAUACGCUUUGGAGCGAAAAGCUUUCGGAACUCAAAUUGCUAAUGUGAGUUUAAUCAGAGUUUUUUUUUUUAAUUCAAUUUUUUUUCUGAGUCAUCUGAAAAAUUUUAGCAUCAAGCAGUGCAAUUCAUGUUGGCUGAUAUGGCUGUGAAUUUGGAAUUAGCUCGUCUCAUCACAUACAAAGCUGCCACAGAUGUUGACAACAAUGUCAGAUCAUCAUAUAAUGCUUCAAUCGCAAAAUGUUUUGCUGCCGAUACUGCAAACCAAGCCGCCACAAAUGCUGUACAAGUGAGUCACUAAUAAUUUUGCAGAAAUGUAUAUUCAAUUUCAAAUUUUAAGAUCUUCGGAGGAAACGGUUUCAACUGCGAAUAUCCAGUUGAGAAAUUGAUGCGUGACGCUAAGAUCUAUCAAAUCUAUGAAGGAACCUCACAAAUUCAACGUAUUGUCAUCUCAAGAAUGCUUUUGGGUCACUUCGCUCAAACCGGAACUAGCCGUACUUAA